CUCCUCCCCCUGCGGUAGAAGAAGAGUAUCGUGGAAAUAGUCCUAUCUCUCUGAGGUGAUCUGACACACCGAGGAAGGCCCAUAAAUGACGGAGCAAACCGAGACGUCCACUGUGUCAGACUAAACAUAAAACCAUAAAGCUCCCUCUGAACGAGAGGGCGGUGAGCAGGGACAAAGGAUAGAUAAAUAGACCCGUUCCUACGCUGACCAUCCUCUUGCACCGCAAAGAUGGGGAACCGGGGAAUGGAGGAUUUGAUUCCUCUGGUGAACCGCAUGCAGGAUGCCUUCUCGGCCAUCGGGCAGAACGCGAACCUGGACCUGCCGCAGAUUGCCGUGGUGGGCGGCCAGAGCGCGGGGAAGAGCUCGGUUCUGGAGAACUUCGUCGGUAGGGAUUUUCUUCCUCGCGGUUCUGGCAUCGUGACCCGUCGUCCUUUGGUUCUGCAGCUGAUGAACUGCUCUACAGAACAUGCUGAGUUCCUCCACUGUAAAGGCAAAAAAUUCACAGAUUUUGAUGAGGUGCGACAGGAGAUUGAGGCAGAGACUGACCGCAUCACUGGAGCCAAUAAGGGCAUCUCCCCUGUGCCCAUCAACUUGCGCGUCUACUCACCCAAUGUGCUGAACCUGACGCUAGUGGACCUGCCGGGAAUGACCAAGGUGCCGGUGGGAGACCAGCCUGCAGACAUCGAGUCUCAGAUCAGAGAAAUGUUAAUGCAGUUUGUCACCAAGGAGAACUGCCUCAUGCUGGCUGUAUCCCCAGCCAACUCUGAUCUGGCCAACUCUGAUGCUUUAAAAAUUGCCAAAGAGGUCGACCCUCAGGGUAUGAGGACCAUAGGGGUGAUCACCAAGCUAGACCUGAUGGAUGAGGGGACAGACGCUAAAGACAUCCUGGAGAACAAGCUGCUCCCCCUGCGGAGGGGUUACAUCGGUGUGGUUAACAGAAGCCAGAAGGACAUCGAUGGAAGGAAAGACAUUAAUGCUGCUAUUGCUGCUGAGAAGAAGUUCUUCCUCAGCCACCCUGCUUACAGACACCUGGCUGAACGCAUGGGCACGCCCUACCUCCAGAAAGUCCUUAAUCAGCAACUGACCAACCACAUCCGGGAUACCCUGCCGGCCCUGCGGGCAAAGCUGCAGAGUCAGCUCCUCUCCAUAGAGAAGGAGGUUGAGGAGUACAAGAACUUCAGACCUGAUGAUCCAUCCCGCAAAACAAAGGCUCUCCUCCAGAUGGUACAGCAGUUUUCAGUGGACUUUGAGAAGUGCAUAGAGGGCUCAGGAGACCAAAUCGACACGGCUGAGCUGUCAGGUGGUGCAAGGAUCAAUCGUAUCUUUCAUGAACGCUUUCCCUUCGAAUUGGUCAAGAUGGAGUUUGAUGAGAAAGAACUCCGCAAGGAAAUCAGCUACGCAAUCAAGAACAUUCACGGAAUCAGAACUGGCCUCUUCACCCCGGACAUGGCCUUUGAGACCAUUGUGAAAAGGCAGAUUGGGAAGAUUAAAGAGCCUUGCACCAAAUGUGUGGACAUGGUCAUUUCUGAGCUAGUCAAUACUGUUAGGCAGUGUACCAAGAAGCUGGCUCAGUAUCCCAUGCUAAGAGAAGAGAUGGAGAGAAUCGUCACUCAGCACAUCAGAGACAGAGAAAACCGCACCAAGGAUCAGGUGCUGUUGCUGAUUGAUAUUGAACUGUCCUACAUGAACACCAACCAUGAAGACUUUAUUGGAUUUGCAAAUGCUCAGCAGAGGAUCAACCAAAUGAGCAAGAAGAAGGCAGCUGGAAAUCAGGAUGAAAUCAUGCCGGAGAGAGGAGUUAACGAUCGGUUCAAGGUGAUCAGGAAGGGCUGGCUGACCAUCAACAACAUCGGCAUCAUGAAGGGAGGAGCCAAAGAGUACUGGUUUGUCCUCACCGCAGAGUCCCUGUCCUGGUAUAAGGAUGAUGAGGAGAAGGAGAAGAAGUACAUGCUUCCAGUGGACAACCUGAAGCUGCGAGAUGUGGAGAAGGGCUUCAUGUCCAGCAAGCCCAUUUUUGCUCUCUUCAACACUGAACAGAGAAAUGUGUAUAAAGACUACCGUCAGCUGGAGCUGGCCUGUGAGAGCCAGGAAGAUGUUGAUGCGUGGAAGGCCUCCUUCCUCAGAGCUGGAGUUUAUCCUGAACGUGUAACCGAGAAGGAAGGAAAGAGUGAUGGUGGUGAUGAAAAUGGCUCAGACAACUUCAUGCACAGCAUGGACCCUCAGCUGGAGCGGCAGGUGGAGACAAUUCGCAACCUGGUAGACUCCUACACGGCCAUCGUCAACAAGACCGUGCGUGACCUGAUACCAAAGACAGUCAUGCAUCUCAUGAUUAACAAUACAAAAGAGUUCAUUAAUGCUGAGCUGCUGGCCCAGCUCUACUCAUGUGGUGACCAGAAUACUCUGAUGGAGGAGUCUCAGGAGCAGGCGCAGCGGCGUGAUGAGAUGCUCAGGAUGUACCAUGCCCUGCGGGAGGCGCUAAACAUUAUCGGCGACAUCAGCACGACCACCGUGAGCACCUCUAUGCCGCCUCCGGUGGAUGACUCCUGGCUGCAGGUCCAUCGGGGCGGUUCCGGAGGAAGAUCUCCAGCAACCAGUCCAACUCCAAAUCGCAGAGCUCCACCAGGUCCACCAGCUCGCCCAGGCUCCCGUGGACCCCCACCUGGGCCUCCUCCUGCCGGGGGACCCCCUGUACCAUCUCGCCCUGGAGCAUCUCCAGAUCCUCAUGGCGGGCCACCGCCAACUGUGCCCUCCCGGCCUAACCGUGCACCCCCAAGUGUGCCAAGAAUCACUAUUACUGACCAAUGAGGACUAACGUUUUUCGUCGGAGACCCCCACCUUCUCCAACACACUAGACCUCAGAGUUCCUUCCUCCCUCCUUCACCUGUCGUUUCCUCCCUGCGAACGAGAGGUGCUACGGACAACAGCGCCACCUUUCUGUCAUCUACUGCCCCCCCCCCCCCCCAAACCCACCCUGCCCAUCUGUUUUCACACAGAAGCAGAAUACUUGAAAGCAUGACUUACAUACAAGUUUGUUCCUCACAAUUUAACCGUAGAGACCGUGAGAUGAAUCAUAAUAGACAAAGGAGUCAAUGUAUUGUAUAUCCAAGCAGAUUUAAAGCAGAAUGUUUCCCCUCUUCUUAUAUCUACUUUUGCAUGAAGCAUUUUAAGAGCAUUUUCUGAGUUUUAACAUCCGUUUCUCUUACAUGCAUUAGGAUCAGUUUGCUCGUCUUUUGUUAAAGCAAUGCUUCACCAGAAAAUGUUUUGAUAUGCAAAAACAAGACAGCACCAGAACCUUUAUUCAGGAUAUAGAGGUAUCAGAUAACAUAAGUUUCAAGUUAAUGCACAGAAACAUCAUAUUAGUAGCCUGAUGCAUGUUUUGACAUUGUGGAAACUUUACUGCAACUCUAUGUUUUGUAAAGAAAUUCGAAAAACAUGUUUUUCUUUGCAGCAUUCACAGCUCAGUGGUGAAGUAUUUCUUUAAGAGAGGGAAUGCAAGCUGAAUUCAGGCUAGAAAUAUUUACUUUAUUUUUGUAUUCAGAUUUUAAUUUGUGAUCAUGCUGCAAAAAACAGCAAGGCAGGACAAAAUCUUAUUUUAGUUAUCUCGUUAUUUAUAAAGUCUCUUUAACCAUUUCUUCUGUGUUACUCUCUCUUAUGGUUGUUGCUGUUUUUCUUUUGACUUUUCAUCCUGCCAAAUAAGUUCUUGUUUUAUUUUUUUAUGUUUCUUGAACAAAAAAAGGGUUGGCCAUCCCCCCAGCCACCAUUCAACUCUUAAAUGAAGAUUUGCAGUCUCCAUUUUUUCCUUUCUCUUUUCUAAAGCUAAUCCGUGCUUUUCCACCAUCCAAAGCUGUCAAACGGACAGCACCGCCCAUUCAACGCAUUUCACUCAGAUGAGGAAGAAGUGCACGACUUCUGAAUGGACAAAAGGCCCCUUCAUCUUUCCCUUCCAUCCUCUUUAUCUUCCUCUGCUGUAAAACUGAAGUCAGAAACAUCUAAUGGACCCUCUGAUUACUCAUUUUGCCAACAGUAGCCUUCAAAAAGUCUCACUGUCGCUGUUCUCACAAAAUCUUUUCACAGCCUCGUCUUAAACUACUGCGCUUUCAGACAACCUAUGCAAAAAGAAAACUAGUUUCUCAUUCAUUUUAUGACAAAAAGACACCUCUAAUGUACCUUAAUUUCCCUUCUUUAUUCCUCUCCCUAUCGAGGCAUUAUUGCUACUGCCUAUAUUUGUAAAGGUGGGAUAUGUAUGCACCAUACAAUCUCAACCAUCAGUGUAUUUUAUUGGAAUUCCAUGGAUGGUCCAAUACAAAUUAUUUAGGGGUUUUAAAAAAGCAUCCCCACAGCAUGAUGCUGCCAGCACCAUGUUUCAUGGUGGGGAUGACGUGUUCAGGGUGGGUCUGCAGUGCAGGUUUUUCACCUGAUGUAGCACUUUUCAUAUACGCCAAAACUUUCUAUUUAUGUCCCACCUGACUAGAACACCAUCUGCCAUAUGUUUGCUGUCCCCUACACCAGAGGUGAGGUCUUCAACCAUGGUCCUCAGGACCGACUGUUGUUUAGGUGUUUCCCUGCUGUCGCACCCUGACUUAAAAAUAUAUAUUAAGCUCAGGCUUCUGCAGCCUCUGAUGGCAUGCUGAGGAGGUAACGCAAUAAUUUAAAUGAGUUGUGCUGGAAGAAGGACAUAUACAAAAAGUCAAUUCUGGGUCCUGAGGACCAGGCUUUGAGACCACCGUCCUACAUGGCUUGAACAAAACUGUAAAUGGAACUUCCUAUAACUUUCCUUUUACCACUCUUUCAUAAAGGCCAGGUCUGGAAAGUGCAUGACUAAUACUUGACCUGUCGAAGGAAUUCUCCUUUCUAAACGGUCUGCCCAAAGUCACCCUUGAUCUCUUGGCUUUUUCCCUGAAUAAUGCUCUCUUGGGCUCAGGAACACAUCAGAAAGUUUGGUAUGCAGUUGUGGAGACGUUUAAUGCAGAUUUAGGCUACAUGAAAGGAUUUUAUCAAGAGGAAUCAAAUUAAAGUGAGCUAAAUGCAAAUGCCACAUUACGAAUUUAAUUUGUAAAAAAGGUUUCCCCCCCACUCUCAAAUUAUGUCCUACUUUUUAUUUGUGUUUCACAUAAAUACCCAUUAAAGCAAAUUAAAGGUUGUGAUUGUAUUGUGACAUGUGAAAAAGAGGUCUAAAGGAGGUCAUGGACCUCCCCAUGGCACCAGUACUGCAAGAAACUGAAUAUAUUUAAACCAGAGAAGAAUUUGUGCCCCGAGUUGUUCAUUUAGACUGUUAGAUAAUUCUUAACACAUCAUGUUUUACUCAGAGAGUUUAAUAAAAGAGGAUAGCCAUUUAACUCUAAGUCAGGUUUGAGCACAUUAUGCACCUAAGGUUUUAAUAAACAGGGAAAUAGUUAGGUUUUAUUCAAGUUGAUGAUCUGCCAUUUCUUCUUUUCCUCCUUUCUUCUGCUCUUCUUUCUCUCAGUGGUCACGGGGGUGAGUGAGAACAUGAACAACCCCAGUCUAUGCAUAAAAGUACCACUCCCUGUGUUGAGUCGUCACAUUGCUGAUGUGUUGUAUUUUGACCCCAAACACGACCCUCUAGCCUUACACACAAGAAAAACAAUCCUCGUCUUUAGCCUCUGACCAUUAUUUUAAUCACUGCUUAAAAAAAACGUUUUGUGUAUUUCUGAUCUCCACAUCUGCAAAACAAACACAUUAUAUCUUAUUAUUUAACAGGAAUUAAUUUAUUGUGGACAUAUCUUAAUGUGUUAUGUAUACAUGUGGUGCAUCUUAUUAGACAUAUACUCCCUUCUGUUUAGAUAAUUUAGUCUGCAUUGUAUGAAACAUCAGUAUAUUUAAACUAUGAGAAAAUGAGCAUAAUGAAAUACUUGAAAAACUACAGAAAAACAUUUACAAAAAUACUUUGCUGUAAAUGGAUGUCAGCAGGUUGUUUGGUCAGGUGAUGUAGAAGAAACUGUAACAUUAUCCUUGAGGACUGCUGUGCUCUGGUCAACACAUUAAAGACCUCUAUGUACUCUG